AUGACUGUUUCAGUUAGUUUAUCCUCCUGCUGGCAAUACUUUACUACUAUGGAAGAUUUAAAGUUGUCGAAUUCUCCGCCUAUGGACCAAAUCGUUCACAGUGAAUACAUAUAUGGCUGGUGCAACAGCACUGAUUUAAAAUUCUACACUCAUGUCGAAUUAAAUCACAUAGACAUCAUAGGCAAACCCAUAGUAAGGGGUUGGAUCCAAGUCCCGCAAAUACCAACUUGCAUCAGACUUAGAGCUCUGGCAUAUGAGGAGGAUACAUUUCGAUCCACCGCCUAUCCCUUCCAAAUGUGCGUACCCCGCAUCACAUAUUGUCAUCAACAGAUAAAGUUUGCUUUCUAUUAUUAUGAAUGGUACAUCCCUGAGUUUAUGGAAGGCGGUAUGAAUUGGGACAUAUUCUUCUUUGGACCUGAAAAGCUAUAUUAUAUGUAA